AUGGCUCAAGCGGUUGAAGAAUGGUACAGACAGAUGCCGGUGAUCACUCGAUCCUAUCUCACUGCGGCUGUUGUCACCACCGUCGGAUGCUCCCUCGAGAUAAUUUCUCCGCAUCAUUUGUACUUGAACCCUAGAUUGGUUGCGAAGAAAUAUCAGUUUUGGCGAUUGGUUACUAAUUUCUUGUACUUCAGGAAGAUGGACUUGGAUUUCUUGUUUCAUAUGUUUUUUCUUGCUCGGUACUGCAAGCUUCUAGAAGAGAACUCCUUCAGGGGAAGGACUGCUGAUUUUUUCUACAUGCUCUUAUUUGGCGCAUCUGUAUUGACUGGAAUCGUUCUUCUUGGGGGAAUGAUACCUUACUUGUCAGAGUCAUUUGCAAAAAUUAUCUUCCUCAGCAACUCCUUGACAUUUAUGAUGGUUUAUGUAUGGAGCAAACAGAAUCCCUUCAUUCACAUGAGCUUCCUAGGUCUUUUUACUUUCACCGCUGCCUACCUUCCAUGGGUUCUCUUGGGGUUCUCUGUUCUCGUUGGUGCUAGUGCCUGGGUAGACCUAUUGGGAAUGAUUGCUGGCCAUGCAUACUAUUUUCUUGAAGAUGUCUAUCCUAGGAUGACUGGUCGUCGACCCCUAAAAACACCAUCACUCAUCAAAGCACUAUUUGCUGAUGACCCAGUUGUUGUGGCACGACCUGCCAAUGUUAGAUUUGCUGCCCCACAAGCUGACGAACUUCACCAAGAUUGA